AUGCGCAUGAGAGGCGCAGGAAACAGCUCAUACAAAGUGGCAUUGCCUCCUGAUCGCGUAGACGUUUACUAUUUUGACCAUGGAAAUGCGCGUUAUUUGCGAACGACCGACCUCGCAGUCGCUACAGCUACAGAAGUUGUUGCUGAACAAACCGAAAGAUAUGCGACUCGGUUUUGGGCCGAAUUAUUUGGCACGCUACAUAUCGGUUUUGCAUUUUUGACUGCGUUUAUACUUCAACUAAUCAGAUUUCUGCUAUUUAGCGCUCUGCGACCUCUCACAGUCGGCGUGAUUCAACUCGUAUCUGAUUAUUGCUUCAAACCUUUGUUAACGGCGAUUUUUAACGGAGUCUUACAGCCUCCGCUAAUAUUUCUUUAUAAUUUGGCCAAUUCAUUCCGCGAUUUAUGCGAACCCCUGGCAGAUGCUUUUGGCCACUUUCUCAGACCGGUGGCUAAUCUGAUUAGAGCUUUUAGGAUUAUCGAAAUAAAUAAUAUUCGCAAUGAAACAAGUGCAAUUGCGGAACCAGUUUGA